CUACACCUGCAACCUAUAGAUAGCUGCCAGCUUACUAUGGUUGUCUAACAGGUAGCCAUUCAGCAGUGGAAGGCAAACUGUUUGUUAGGCUAAUCUUGGAAAUGUUUGGAAGUACAAAAUAGGUUUUAUGUUGUUCGGGUAUCUUAACCAAGCUUUUUGUGACUUGUUGAUUUGAGCCUUUGUUGCCUGUGCUCUUAAAUCAGACAAAGCAUAUCUUAAACAAGAGUUGAACGUAAGGUAGUUGAAUAUGGGUUGUUUUAUGUGCAUGAUUAUGUUUUGAAUAGUUGAUGAGAAUUCUAGUUUCUUUUUUCUAAAGUUUUGAAUGCAGGAUUUUAUUUACAUUUAUUGAUGACAUUGUACUUUUGUAACUAGAGUGGAAGUCAGUCCUCCUGCUCAAGUGAAUACUUUAAGCAAUAUGUUGCCUUCAGCCACUAUGCCCGAAUCCAUGACAAUUAAUGAACUUCGUCAAGCUAUUCUGGCCAUGAUGAAUAGAAAGGAUGAACUGGAAGAACAGAAUAGGUCCCUUAGAAAUCUGCUUGAUGGUGAGAUGGAGCAUUCUGCAGCACUGAGGCAGGAAAUGGACAACUGGAGAAGGAAGGUAGCAGAACAGGAAGAGCGACAUGCCACUAAAGUCCAAGCCUUGGCACGAGAAAAUGAAGUGCUAAAAGUGCAACUUAAGAAGUAUGUAGGAGCUGUCCAGAUGCUCAGAAGAGAAGGUCAAGCAGUGGAAGGUAAGGAUAAAGGAAAAAAAAAUAAAAAUCCAUGCCCACAAUUCUGCCAUUGAGACAGAAUUUAUGGGAGGCAUAAUUAAUAACCAAGUGAUGGAAGUUGCCCCCGGACCUGUAUAAAGACCUACAAUGGAAGAAUAGGCAGUGAAUAGCCGUAAGUCUUCUUUAUAUGCAUCUGCAUUUUUUUUCUGUUUGAUCUUGAAAUGAACUGCAGUGCAUAACGCGCUACCCAGUACUGUGCAAGUCCAGAUCAAUAAGCAGCAGGUAAGGGGGCCUACAGGAAUGCUGCGGAAGGACUUUUUGUAAAGGCAGGUAACGGCAGGACGAGGGUAAAUGACUUUAAACUUGAAGAGGGUAAGUUUAGACUAUGAGGGUGGUGAGACAGGUUGUCCAGUAAGGUUGUGAAUGUCCCCUCCCUGGAAGCUUUUCAGGUUGUGCUGGAUGGGACUUUGAGCAAUGUGGUCUAGAGGGAGGUGUCCCUGUCUACAGCACCGUGGGGAGGGGGAGGACCUGGAUGAUCUUGAAGAUCCCUUUCAACCCAAACCAUUCUAUGAUUGUA